UGUGCUGCCGCUGUCUCCUGCUUGUGGCCGGCAGUGCGGGAGCGCCGAGUGGCGCCGGCGAACCGCUGUUUCUUUUCGCAGCUGUCGCAGCCAUCGCGGUGUUUGCGGGGCGGGCAGGAAGGAGGGGACUAGCGGCUGCAGCUGGAGCGGCUUUCUCUCCAGGGACGGUCCUCUCGCUCUUCUUCCCCCCCCUCCUCCGCUCGCCGCCGCCUCCCGCCCCCUGCGCCCUCCCCGCGCAGCUCGGGUACCGGAGGGGGAGAAGAAGGGGCGGCAGGGGGCGGGAGAGGCCGGCAGGCGAACUGUCGCUGGGUGCAAACUCUGGCCUGAGCCUUGCGCCCCCGCACCCAGGCUGCACCCCAGUCCGGCCUGGGCGACAGUGGUAGCAGGAAGGGGGCUCGGGCGGCGCCGCGGGGGCGGUCUUGGCGGUCCCGGCGAUAAGUUGUAGGGCCUGGGGGCUCCCGAACUGAUUCUUACCCAUUCGGCUCCUCGGACCCAGCUCUGCGCCUGCGACCCCGGAGCCGCUGAGCCCGCACCUCCUUGCUGAGGAGAACACGCCUGCUCUCGUCGAGAAAACUUUUCCUGCCGACUUGACUCGGUCGGGGCGGCGGUGGCAGGAAGUCAGGCAGCGACCUCUCCUUCGCCUGCCCCGCGCGCCCUGCCGGGUGUUGGCGCUGAACUGCAGAUCAAGUUUGCUGGGGGCCCCUUCCGGACUGCAGGCGGGCUCCUCCCCCCCUCCCCCACCCGAGGAUCGAUCAGCCCCCCUCCACCACCCUUCAGGGGAGGCAGCGGACUGGACCAAGGAGGGCGAAGCCCAGGGCGCGUGGUGGCGAGGAAGACUGGGCGCGGUGCGCGGCCCGAACCUUCGUCCGCUCCGCUGCUGAGCGCGGCGACAGUCCAAGCCCGGGAGCAGGGAGCCUCCGGCGGUUGCUUCUUGCCGUCCACGGUCUGCCUUCUCCUCUGGGGGCUGGGGGGGGGGGGCAGUGCCCUGGCCCGGAAUCUCUCGAGUGAAAAAUGAAGUUAAGCCGCCAGUUCACCGUUUUCGGCAGCGCGAUCUUCUGUGUGGUCAUCUUCUCGCUCUACCUGAUGCUGGACCGGGGUCACUUAGAUUACCCCAAGAACCAGCGCCGCGAGGGCUCCUUUCCUCAGGGCCAGCUCUCAAUGUUGCAAGAAAAAAUAGACCAUUUGGAGCGUUUGCUAGCUGAGAAUAAUGAGAUCAUCUCAAAUAUUAGAGACUCAGUCAUCAAUUUGAGUGAGUCUGUGGAAGAUGGUUCGAAAAGUUCACAAGGCAAUUUCAGCCAAGGUGCUGGCUCACCUCUUCUGCCAUCAAAACCACUGGCCCUCACAGUCGACCCUGAAGAUUGCUCCUUUGCUACACAAAGCAGAAGUCAGAACUUAGACAUGCAGAUGCUAGAUGUUUACAGUUUAAUUCCUUUUGACAAUCCAGAUGGUGGAGUUUGGAAGCAAGGAUUUGACAUUACCUAUCAAGCAAAUGAGUGGGAUACUAAACCCCUUCAAGUGUUUGUGGUACCUCAUUCCCAUAAUGACCCAGGCUGGUUGAAGACUUUUGAUGAGUACUUUAGAGAGAAAACUCAGCAUAUUUUUAAUAACAUGGUCGUCAAGCUGAAAGAAGACUCACGGAGGAAAUUCAUAUGGUCAGAGAUCUCUUACCUUUCAAAGUGGUGGGACACUAUAGAUGCUCAGAAGAGGAAUACUGUUAAAAGUUUAAUAUCAAAUGGACAGCUUGAAAUUGUGACGGGUGGCUGGGUUAUGCCUGAUGAAGCAGCUUCACAUUAUUUUGCCAUAAUUGAUCAACUAAUUGAAGGACAUCAGUGGUUGGAAAAAAACCUCGGAGUGAAGCCUCAGUCUGGUUGGGCUGUUGAUCCUUUUGGACAUUCACCAACAAUGGCCUAUCUUCUAAAACGUGCUGGAUUUUCUCACAUGCUUAUCCAGAGAGUCCAUUAUUCAGUUAAAAAGCAUUUUGCACUGCAUAAAACGCUGGAGUUUUUUUGGAGACAGAAUUGGGAUCUGGGAUCUGGCACAGAUAUUUUUUGCCACAUGAUGCCUUUCUACAGCUAUGACAUCCCUCACACUUGUGGACCUGAUCCUAAAAUAUGCUGCCAGUUUGACUUUAAACGGUUACCUGGAGGCAGAUUUGGCUGUCCCUGGGGAGUCCCCCCACAAACAAUAUCUCAUCAAAAUGUCCAAAACAGGGCUGAGAUGCUGCUAGAUCAGUACCGAAAGAAGUCAAAACUUUUCCGUACUAAUGUUGUCCUGGCCCCUUUGGGAGAUGAUUUCCGAUACUGUGAGCGCACAGAGUGGGAUAACCAGUUCAAGAAUUAUCAGAUGCUUUUUGAUUAUAUGAACUCCCAACCUAGGCUUAAUGUGAAGAUACAAUUUGGAACUCUGUCAGAUUAUUUUAAUGCGGUCAGUAAAGAAGAUGCAGCCAGCAGAGAACAUAACCAGUUACUUUUCCCUGUUCUCAGUGGAGAUUUUUUCACUUAUGCUGACCGAGAUGAUCAUUAUUGGAGUGGUUACUUUACAUCCAGGCCCUUUUACAAACGACUGGAUAGGAUAUUGGAAUCCCGUUUAAGGGCUGCUGAAAUUCUCUACUAUUUCGCCUUGAAACAAGCUCAGAAAUAUGAGAUAAGUAAAUUUGUUUCAUCGUCGCAUUUCAUGGCACUGACAGAAGCCAGAAGGAAUUUGGGACUAUUUCAGCAUCAUGAUGCUAUCACAGGAACUGCAAAAGAUUGGGUGGUUGUAGACUAUGGAACCAGGCUCCUUUAUUCAUUAGUAAAUUUGAAGAAGAUAAUUGGACACUCUGCACUACUACUUCUUCUGAAGGACAAGAACUCAUAUGACUUACUCUCUUCUGAUACCCUCUUAGAAAUGGAUUUGAAGCAAAAAUCCCAAGGUUCUCUGCCACAAAAAAAUAUAGUAAUGCUGAGUACAGAGCCAAGGUAUCUCGUGGUCUUUAAUCCUUCAGAACAAGAGCGAAACACCAUGGUCUCCAUCUCUGUGAAUUCUCACAUGGUACAGGUGUCUACUGCUUCAGGAAAAUCUGUGGAAAUUCAGAUUAGUGCAGUCUGGGAUGCAGCCAGCACUCUUUCACUGACAACCUUCGAGAUAUCUUUUCUAGCACAACUGCCACCUUUGGGAUUGAAGGUGUAUAAGAUUUUUGAAUCAGCAAGUUCAAAUCGACAUUUAGCUGAAUAUGUUCUAUAUAAUGGUGACAUAAAAAAUACAGGAGUUUUCAACAUAAAGACUGGAAAAAGUGCUGAACAAGAUAUAACUCUAGAGAAUACUUAUGUUAAACUUCAGUUUGGCCAAUCUGGGCUUAUGGAGAAAAUGGUAAAUAAGGAAGAUGGUAAACAUCAUGAAGUGAAAGUGCAAUUUUCAUGGUAUGGAACCACAAAUAAAAAAGACAAAAGUGGUGCCUACCUCUUCUUACCUGAUGGGGAAGCCAAGCCGUAUGUUUUCACAACACCUCCAGUGGUCACAGUGCAGCAUGGAAGGUUCUUUUCAGAUGUUACUUCCUUUUUUGAACAUGUUACCCAUAGAGUCCGACUAUACCACAUACAGGGAAUAGACGGACAGUCUGUGGAAAUUUCCAACAUUGUGGACAUCCGAAAAGAAUAUAACCGUGAAAUUGCAAUGAAAAUUUCUUCUAGCAUAAGCAGUCAAAAUAGAUUUUAUACUGACCUAAAUGGAUACCAGAUUCAACCCAGGAUGACGCUGAGCAAAUUGCCUCUUCAAGCAAAUGUCUAUCCAAUGACCACAAUGGCCUACAUUCAGGAUUCUGAGCACCGCUUGACUCUUCUCUCUGCUCAGUCUCUAGGUGUAUCAAGUUUGAAAAGUGGUCAGAUUGAAGUUAUCAUGGACCGAAGACUCAUGCAAGAUGAUAAUCGUGGCCUUGACCAAGGAGUCCUUGAUAACAAGAUUACAGCUAGUUUAUUUCGAAUACUACUAGAGAAAAGAAGCUCUGUGGAUAUGGAAGAAGAAAAGAAGCCAGUUAGUUACCCUUCCCUCCUAAGCCACAUGACUUCUUCUUUCCUGAACCAUCCAGUGUUUUCAAUGACAGAAAACAUUCACGGGUCUUCCCUUCAUCUUCUGGAUGAAUUCUCUCCACUAAGGUUCUCUUUGCCAUGUGACAUCCAUCUGGUUAAUCUGAGGACAAUACAGUCAAAGGAUGGCAAACAUUCUGAUGAGGCAGCCUUGAUCCUCCACAGGAAAGGGUUUGAUUGCCGCUUCUCCAGCAGAGACACAGGGCUGUUCUGUUCCACAUCCCAGGGGAAGAUAUCAGUACAAAAACUUUUUAACAAGUUCACUGUUGGAAGUUUCAUACCUUCAUCAUUAUCCUUGAUGCAUUUGCCUCCAGAUGCCCGAAAUGUCAGUGAAGUCAACUUGAGUCCUAUGGAAAUCAGCACAUUUCGAAUCCAGUUAAGGUGAAGGUGGUUCUCACAUAUGGGUUGGGAAACAUUAGUAGCUUUUAUACACUUCUUGGUUUGACGUGCAAUAAAGAAGCACAUUAUCCAGCUUCUAGCUACUGUGACAACAUAAAUUCUGUGAUUUUUUUUGUCUUCAACCAGUAUAAGUUUAAAAAAAAAAAAAGCCAUGCUGUAGACCUUUGAAGUUCUUUUCAUGAACUUACACCAUCAAUAAGAAUUGAGGCAACAAAUGAAGAAAUGUGUAAAGACAACCUUUCAGCAGAUAGUUUCUCAGGUUAAAUGCUAACUAAUAUCUGUUUGAGGGGUUGUAAAGAGAUUGUUGUAGUUAUUCAUAUCCUUUGUUUUACAAAAAUACCCAAUUGUUACCAAAAUGGAAUAAAAAUCUGGUGGGUAAUAGCUAAUGGCCAAAAUAGUUGCAAUCAUUCAUACCUAUAAGAUAAAAAUUGUGUGUUAACAUAUGUGGAGAAGUGCAAUCCAUCAACCAUUUUAUAUAUAUAUAGUUGACUUUCACACUUUUUUCUAUUACACCACUUGACCCUUUCCUUACUGCCCUUUGUAAGUAUUUCCAGAAAUACCAGGUUUUCAAUCAUACAAGAGCAGAAAAAGAGGCAUAUUUUCAUUACUUGGCAAUGUGGGAUAGGUGCAAUUUAUUCCAUUGUCACUAAAAUAGAUAAAGCAAUUCCAUAGGUACCGUAACCUAUUUUAGGUACCAGAAGGUGUCUUUUUUACCCAGCUCAUUUGAAUACUGAUGUCCUGAGAAAGGGGUUUCUAUUUUAAAAUUAUCAUAUCAAGAUAAAUGUGCCUUAUUUUUUUUAUACGUCUUGUUAAAUCUUUUGGUGUCUGUAUUACUAUUUGGGGAAGGGGGGUGGGUUGUGGGGAGGGCAAGGGAUCAAGUACUUUCUAUGACAUAAAUUGUAUAAUUUUUGCCUGACAAUACUGGCCACAUUCUGAUCUGUUUCAUUAAAUUUGUAGUGAUGUUACUCUAAACAUUUUGACUUUUUGAAUGUACUGAGAUGUCAGAAAACAAAACAAGAAAGAAAAAUAUUGCUAAUUAAAUAUGCUGCUGCCAAGGAGACUGCAACUUGAAGCAAGGAUUUUGUAACUUUCAAAAUCCCCAUCUUGUUUCCAUGUCACAGGAGUUAACCAUAUCGAAGAGAGAAUGCUUUAAAGUAGACCCUGUUAUUAAACUCACUUCUGAGUAAUUCACCAUAAGUUAUCUUGUUAAAGGAUGUGUUCAUCAGUGAAUUCCAAACUUUAUGUGCUAGCUUCAAAGUGAAGUUCUAAACCCAUUUACCAUCAUAAUACUUCUGUUAACUUUUAUUUGGGAUUUUUAAUUUGAUGUUAAUGUAAGAGCACCAUUAACUUCCUUUAGAAUAUUCAGUUUUACCAGAAAGUGGAUUUUUUUUUAGUAUGUACACUUUUGAAAAUUCUGUGUUAACUAAUAAGAAUUAAUAUUAUCUGACUUUAAACUUCCAUUCACCUUUUGUCAUUCAAUCUCUUUUAAUACUUAGAAAAGAUACAUAUAGAAAUGAAACCCUAAUUUCUAUUUCAUUAGGUAGUCUGAUUAUCAUCUGGAUUUUCAGUCAUGUUACAGCACCUAAAAUUAUUGUUAUGUUAAAUUCAGUAACUUCUUUUGCCUUUAAUAACUAAGGAAUCAAUACCAGUGUUGAUAAAGAUAUUACAAGGGAAUAAUUUCAUGCAAUAAACAAGUACUGUAAGUUUCUUUCCUCCUUUGGGGGAAGAUGAACAACUAAAAAGAGAGGGGAGGGGAAUUUCCUUUUUGUGGACAUUACAGAUGUUAGGAUUGCCAGAAGCAAAUCCCAGGAAUAAAAUCAGUAUUUUCAUUGCUUCUUAAAUGUAAAACCUGCCUCUGGGAGUUCCCUGGUCUGUGGUGAAGUAGGUGUGCUUAAUCGUUCUAGAAAUUCUGAUCAGUAGAAAAAAAUAUUUGAUGCAAUAACUGUGGUUUUGCCACUUCUGGUUGUUUGAGAUGGAUCUGUCCUGUACCAGUUGGGGUCUUAUUCAAUGUAUGUUGCCACCAACUGUUCACAGGUAAAGCAGAAAUUCUCCUUAACCAGCAAGUUUCUGCUUGUUUUUUGGUUUUUUGUUUGUUUGUUUGUUUGUUUUAGAAUAAAUCAUCAGGGAAAUGAAGAAAGUAUGCUUUUGCUUUGGGUUGUGGUCAAGAACUUUUUAAAUAAUUUAGUUGUCUCCAGCACACACUAAAAACUAUAUACUUCAGUUGUGAUCUCUUUGCAUAUCCAUUUCCUUAGGUUUUACUACAUUAUCACAGAUGUUUCUGUUGACCAAGCAAUUAAUGACUUUUUCUCUUUUUUCCCAAAAUUUUAAUUGGAGGUUAUAACUGCAGUGUUUGAGAACUCAACAUCCUUCUUUUUCUACAAAUACCGAUUAAAAUUAAAUGUUGUGAAUGUGUUGUAAAACAUUGUAAUUGCCUUCCCACGUCUCUGUUGUACUUGUGCCCAAAUGUUUUCACAUUUCAUUGUCUGAAAAAAAUAUCUUUGCUUUCACUUUGAUUAUGUUGCUUACCUUGGAAUCAAUAGGUUUUGAUAUUUUCUCUUAAAAAUUUUUAUAUCUUUUUGGGAAUGUGUAAUAUAAGAUCUCUAAUAAAAGAUAAAUCUUAUCAUGUG